AUGUCUCUUUCGGCCGCCCGCGGGCCAGAUCAUCCUCCACCUUCAAAGGCUGAGAAAGACCGCAUCCGUGAACUUUCUAGAUAUUAUUGUACCUUCAAUCACUCCGAAAAAGAUUUCAGUUCAUCUGCCCCACAGGGAGAUGAACAGCCUGGAGUCGCAAAUCUCUCUCCUGACAUCGCCCUAAAUGCUAUAGCACAACUAGGCGUCCUUCGGUUUGGGGCUAACAGGUCUUUCGUUUCCAUCAUCGAUGGCCAGAAUCAACUCAUCAUUGCUGAGGCGACUGGAUCUAUAUCUUUGCGAAAUAAAGACCAACAUCUACCCGACGAUGGCAUAUAUUUGGGUUUCAUCUCUCUGGAUCUCGCCUGGGGUGUAUGCCCCCAUACAAUCAAACUGUUCACAUCCGUGGAUAACGCAAUGGAGAUCGAUACUCCCAACAUAACUGCCAAUCGAACCCGCUAUAUCAUUCGCAAUUUCACAGCGGAGGAGUGCUUCCGAGAUCGACCCUAUGUAGUCGGAUGGCCUCACAUGCGCUUUUAUGCAGAAGUACCUCUGUUCAGCCCCUCUGGACAUGUACUAGGCUCGUAUUGCAUCGUGGAUGAUAGCCCGCGUUCCGUCUUUGGGGAUACUGAGGUCGCCUCGCUACAGGAAGUUGCGGACGCCAUAGCUCAACAUUUAGAGAACACUCGAAUUGUACACUAUCAUCGUCGUGCAGAAAAAUUAGUUAAGGGAGUAACAGAAUUUGUUACCGGUCAUUCAGAACUGAUUGAAACUGAGCAGCCGGCUGCCCCGUUAUUCGAUCUACCCGUUCAUUCCAAGCCAUCGGCUGACGAUGGAGGCACCCCUGAGGACUUCGAUCCAUCAGACAGUAACGAAGAAACAUCACUAUCAUCCUCUUAUGACAAUUCCGAAAAUACGGGAUCGACAUCUCCCAUGGUGGGGUUCACGCCAGUGCGGGAGAAGAUGUUGGAUGACCUCUGGAAUCCCGAUACUCAACCUGCAUCUGACGAUACUAGUGCCAAGCUUGAAUCUUCAAAGACCAAAUCCGACUUAGUCAUUUCAAAAUGCAUCGCUUCAAUCUUCUCCCGUGCCAGUACUAUUCUUCUAAGCUCAAUGGAACUCGAUGGAGUAUUGUUUGUGGAUGCAUAUCGAAGUAACUCUGGAACCGUAUCAUCUGAAACCCUCGGUGCUUGGGAGCCCCUACCCAAAGUUCUACACACAACCUUCCCAAAUAACAUUCCACCAGAUCCAUCAAAACUGAAAGAAGGGAAAAAGCUAUGUGAUAGCUUCGGACAUGCCCUUAGGAGUUCAUCGGAAAGUAGUGCCGAUGAUAAAGACCGUAGAGUCGCCGUAACAGAGGAGCUACUGCAGAAGAUGAUUACGGUUUUUCCUCACGGCCAGAUUUUCAAUAUGAGCGAUCGGGAUGAUGGUGCAGACUAUCUUUCCUAUGGUAAUGCAGGUGGCGAAGCUGGCACUGAGUUGCAAACUCUCCAUGAACUCACAUUUCAAUUAUCACAGCAACUGCCAGAAGUUGAUUCUGUUCUCUUUUUGCCUCUGUGGGAUUGGAACAAAUCCCGCUGGCUGGCCGGGACCUUAGUUUGGUCGAGCAACAAAGAGCGUGCCUUAGGGUUGGAAGAGCUUGGCUUCUUCAAGGCUUUCAGCAAUUCAAUCAUCUCUGAAGUUGCCAGGGCUGAAUGGGAGAUCGCAGAGAAAUCAAAAUCCGAUUUUAUCUCCUCUGUUAGCCACGAGCUCCGUUCUCCACUCCACGGGAUUCUCGGCAACGCUGAACUACUGCAGCAAACGGAUCUUUCGCCUGCUCAAGGAGAUAUGCUCAAAAUGAUUGAAUCAUGCGGCUCGGCGUUGUUAGACGUUGUGAAUCAUCUGUUGGACUUUACAAAGAUUAACAAUCUGACAAGAUCCAAUACACUCGACAGCGACUAUCCCUCAAGGUUCAUCACUGUUUUCGAUUUAGGGGCAUUGGUAGAAGAAGCGACCGAAAUGAUAUAUACCUCGCAGAUGAUGGGCAAAAAGAGCAUCUUCCAGUCCAAGGACAUAUAUUCAUCGGCCUCUCAUGAUACAACCAGUAUUGAACCUCUUACUGUCAUCGUUCGGAUCGAGGAACUGAAUAGUUUCAAGGUGCGCUCAGUGGCUGGUGCUUGGACAAGAAUCGUCAUGAGUCUGGUCAGCAACUCCAUGAAAUGGACGCAAGACGGAUUUAUCGAAGUCUCUCUGUCCAAUGUCAUCACAGAGCCCAACACUGAACCUAAAAUGGUCCUUCUAUCUGUGAAAGAUACGGGCUGUGGAAUAUCUCCUGACUUUUUAAAACACUCAGUCUUCUCUCCGUUCGCUCAGGAGGAUUCUCUUCAAGAAGGCGUGGGGCUUGGACUCAGUAUAGUGCACUCGCUCGUGAGCUUCCUUGGAGGUGAUAUUAAGGUAAAAAGCGAAUUGGGAGUCGGAACGCAAGUGGACAUCACCGUACCUAUCCACAUCUUCGACUCGGGCAUUGCAGAAACCACAAGUUCUAACUAUGACUUGCCCAAAUCCAUCCCAGCCACUCGUGCAUGCCUCAUCGGCUUCGAUGAUUACCCAGGCAUGUGCGAACCUCUUGGCAACUUAAGUAAAGAAUCAAAGCGCAAAGUGUCGAUUCAAAGCUUCCUAAGCAAUGUUUUUUUGGCGCAACCGAAUUGGAGCGUCUCGUUCGUCGAGGCCAUUGAUGAGGCCCAUGGGAAGGUUGCGAUCAUUGAGGAAACGAAACUGCAUCAGUUGAUGCAAGAGGACCCUUUCUCUUUGGACCAAACGAUGUUCAAAUCUUUCAUUGUGCUUGGAGACAAAUCUCAAAAAUUGAAAGACAAGACACCUUUCAAUUGGAUAUCUCAGCCAUAUGGUCCUCGAAAACUAAGAAAUGCCAUCAAAUCCCUCUUUAACGAAGCCGACUUUGAUCCCAACCUAUCAGAAAAGCAUUCUCAAACAACGUUUGCUCCAGAGCUCAUUCCUCCUCUUGAUAUACUUGAAAUAAUUGAGACUCAAAAAUCUCCCGAAGAAGACUCCCCAACUUCAACUCAAACAAUACUGGGUCCCUUACCACCUAAUCCUGUCAUACCCGAACUACCCAAUAAAAACGAUUUUCACGUGCUUAUUGUUGACGAUAACAAUAUCAAUUUGAAGAUCAUAGCUACAUUCAUGAACAAAAUUGGCUGCACCUACGAAUCUGCUACCAAUGGGCUAAUUGCGCUGGAGAAAUACAAGGAGUCAACCAAACGAUUCAAAUACGUUCUAAUGGAUCUCUCCAUGCCGGUCAUGGAUGGCCUCGUUUCUACGAGCAAAAUCCGUGAAUUUGAAAAGGAGAGCAGACUAGAACCAGCUCGCAUUAUGGCCGUUACUGGGGUCGCUUCUGCUGAAAUGCAAAAGAAAGCCCAGUUAGCCGGUAUUGACGACUACCUCAUCAAACCCGUCUCCCUUCAGUCUUUGAAAACGAUGAUGACAUGA